AUGGAGCGGCGGUGCGUGGCGGUAAGCAGCCCCUCACCAAAUCCAACAUGGCUGACGUAUGGCCAUAACAAAGCUAAGCAAGCCGGCCGAGUGGAACUAGUUGUCAGGGUGGAGGAGGAGCAGGAGUGGCAGGGUGGAGGAGGAGCAGGAGUGGCAGGGUGGAGGAGCAGCAGGAGUGGCAGGGUGGAGGAGGAGCAGGAGUGGCAGGGUGGAGGAGCAGCAGGAGUGGCAGGGUGGAGGAGCAGCAGUAAGUAA